AUGGAAAUUAAAGUUCUGGAAUGUUCAGCAAAAGACGACAUAAAUAUUAAGGAAAUAUUUCGCACCUUCUUAACGCUUUCUCGGAUAUUACCACGUGACACAGAUGAACAAGGUGGAUUAAAACGGCGUUCUAGUGCUUAUGUAAACAAAGGUGGUCGAAGAAAUGCUAGUCCGGCAUUAGACAAAGAGAAACCAGGUCCAUCGGAGGUCGCUAAGGAUACUUUGUCAAAACCCAGAUCCAGAUCGUUGAUAAGAAGGGCUUCUCGAAAGGCUAAGCAACAAAUGAGAGAUGCACAAAGUGGGAAUGAAGAAUGCAACGUAUCUUAA